UCCACAGUUACCAGUAUGGCACUGAACAUCCCAGGUGUGGUUGCCGUGGUGCUGUUCUAUAUCCUGAUCCUGGGGACAGGGGUGUGGGCCGCCCGAAAGUCCAGGAAGGCUGAGAGGAAGAGCCAUGGAGACAGGACUGAAGUGGUGCUCCUCGGAGACAGGAAUAUCAGUUUACUAGUUGGGAUUUUUACCAUGACUGCUACGUGGGUCGGGGGAGGUUUUAUCCUGGGUGUUGCUGAGGCGGUGUACACUCCUAAAAUGGGCCUAAUAUGGGCUCUUAUGCCUAUACAAUACUCAGUGUCCUUCAUAAUAGGUGGUCUUUUCUUUGCCAAACCAAUGAGGGACAAGAAGUACGUCACCAUGAUGGACCCAUUCCAGAUAAAGUAUGGCAACGCACUUAGUGGUGCUCUAGUGCUGCCCUCUCUGCUGGUGGAUGUGCUGUGGGUGUCCUGCACUCUGCUUGGCUUAGGAGCAACUAUGAGUGUUAUACUUGACUUGCCCUAUGCCUAUUCUGCUUGGAUCUCAUCAGCUGUGGCCAUUAUCUACACUCUGUUAGGAGGCCUUUACUCAGUGGCCUACACUGACGUCAUCCAGCUCUCUCUAGCUUUCCUCAGUUUGUGGUUGUGUAUUCCCUUCCUGCUGCUCAACCCCAUAUCUACAAACAUUGCCCACACUGCUUUCAACCACACGUUCCAAGAACCUUGGCUCGGCACUCUGGAGCAGGAGAACGUCUGGAAGUGGAUUGAUGACUUCUUAAUGCUUGGGCUUGGCAGUGUUUCAUUUCAAAGCUUCCACCAGAGGACGCUGUCUGCCUCCUCACCACUAACAGCCCAGUUAACGUGCUAUGCUGCUGCCCUUGUCAUUGCCAUACUGGGAAUCCCCCCAGUCUUGGUUGGGGCUGUCGCUGCCUCCACAGACUGGAACCUAACGCUGUACGGCUCUCCAUCUCCAUAUGACCGUGGGGAGUAUAGUUUGGUCCUGCCCCUGACCCUACAAAACCUCACUCCAUCUUACAUCUCAAUCAUUGGAAUUGGAGCUGUGGCCGCUGCCGUCAUGUCAUCCACAGACUCUGGCCUGUUGUCUGCAACUUCUGUGUUCUCUUCAAACAUCUACAAGAACAUCCUGCGUAAACAGGCAUCAGACUAUGAAAUGCAAUGGGUGAUUCGGCUCACAGUUGUGGUGGUGGGUCUGGUUGGGACAUCCAUUACGUUCUACACCAACAGCACCCUGGUCCUCUGGAUUCUUGGAGCAGACGUCUCCUACACCCUUAUGUUCCCCCAUCUGGUGUCUGUGCUCUUCUUCAAAGUGACAAAUGGUUACGGUGCCAUGGUGGGUUACAUCAUAGGGCUGAGUGUGAGGAUUUUGUUGGGAGAGAACGCUCUAGGUCUUCCUGUUGUUCUUCAUCUUCCCGGUUGCAAAUUGGAAGAUGGCGUCUACGUCCAAAAGUCCCCUGUCAGGACAGUGUCCAUGCUCUGCACUUUGGCAACCAUCUUAGUUUUUUCCUCACUGGCUUUUUUUAUGUUCAACCACGGCCUGUUGCCGGAGAGAUGGGACAUUUUCAAAGUAAAACGCAAUGUUAUUGCACCACCAACGGAUGGCGUCACACAGAAUCUCCAAAACGAAGCUGAAAGUGAUGCAGAGUGUGACGAGAACAGAAAUGGUGUUGCCUUACAGCCAAUGUUACAGACUGGAUCCUAAAUGUUUGUCUUUUCUUUUGUAAAGUUGCCGGCCUGAAUUGUAUUAUGAUCUUAAUAAGUAUGUAUAUUUAGAGAAAUUGCAAAUGUGCUUUCAUUUUAAGUUGCUAACUGCUCAUUGGGGUAUUUUACACUUUUACUUUCAUUACUGUAUGUUGGUGAAAAUAUUGUUAUUUGGAACCACAUUACACAAACAAGUAUUCAUCUAAAAAACAGUACAUUAUUCAAACUAUAAAAGCUAAUAUACUUUCAAAAGUAAAUAAUGGUUAAAUGGAUGAAUAAUAUAGUAUUAUAACAUGAUAAUAACCAGUUUAGAUAUCGCUAGUCAUAGCUCAAAUUCCCAUUGCUUUGAGCU